AUGCGUCCGCUUUGGCGCCACCCGCUGCUGCUUGCAGCAGCAGCAGCACUCUGCAUUGUUUCAUGUGCCUUCGCUGAUGAGCAGCAGCAGCAGCCACAGUCACAACAGCAGCCACAGCAGCAGCUGCAGCAGGAACCGCAGCAGCAGCCGCAAGGUCAGCAGCAGCAGGAACAACCUCAGCAGCAACCGCAGCAGCAGCCAGAAAAUCAGCAACAACUACAGCAACCUGACCAGCAGAAGCAGCAACCCCAGGAGCAGCAGCAGCAGCAGCAACCGCAGGAGCAGCAGCAGCAGCAGCAGCAGCAGCAGCAGCCAAAAGUUGAUUGUGCGGCGUUGGAGAGGUCGCGAAUUGUGCCCGAUGUUAUCACACUAAAGGUUUCGUUUGAUGGCCAUACAGCUGGUUGGGGUUCGGAGGUGGCUGUACACCAGACACAAAACCCUCCUGUUGUAUUAAUUUCCUCUAAACCCUCAACAAAUACAAGAUUUGUUCUUGCUUUGACAGACCCUGAUGCCCCUUCAAGUGACGAUCCUGUAUAUCGUGAAUGGGCACAUUGGGUGGCCAUCAGCUCAACAAAUCGCUUCGAUGCAAGCUCGGACAGUCCACUCCCGUACAGACCUCCUACGCCUCCUAAGGGCACCGGCCUCCACCGUUACGUCUUGCUGCUGUUUGUUGCUUCUCUAGAUGAUCAGCAGCAGCAGAAGCAGCAUGGGCACAAUGGGCAACAGCAGCAGCAGGAGAAGCGUCAGCAGGAGCAGCAGCAGCAGGAGGAGCAGCGUUUGCUGCUGCAGCAGCUACCAGGCAACAGCAGCAGAGGAAGAUGGGGAGGAAUUGGUUUGAGCUGUUACAUAUUGCAGUUGAGGUUUUACGGAGUUGAGUCAACGGGUCUCGCGAGCACCAGCCCCAAGGCAGACCUCCGACAUGUGGUCACUACCCUAGUCGAACGCCGACGACUGCAGCGAGCGCUGUCUCGAAAGCAGCAGCUGCAGGUGUUGCUCCUGCAGCAGCAGCAGCAGCAGCAACAGCAGCAGAAGCAGCAGUAA